AGACCGUUAUGGCCGCAGCCGCCUUGCGGAGGAUGAGGAGGGCCUCGCAAGCGAACCUGCUUCCCGGGCCCGGCAUUCAGACCCCCGGAGGGCUGGCGUGGACACUGGUCCUCGUGCUCCUGCUGGCGUCCGCCAUGUCCACUGCUCUUUCACUAACAGAAUCACUGGACCAAACUGUACAAAGCUCACAUAUUUCUACUUCAAAUAUGAAAGCUGUAACACAAGAAAACCUGAUCAAAUCUUCUAUUUCCCAUAUCAGUACCACUCUCCCUCCUGCAACCAGUACAGAGAAAAGUGGAAGAGCAUCUACAGCCCCCCAUCCCUCCCCUACCACUUCUCUGUCCCAAGAGGAAGCUGAUAACAAUGAAGAUCCGAGCAUGGAGGAGGAGGAUCUUCUCUCAUUGAAUAGUUCUCCAUCUACAGCCAAAGACACUAUGGACAAUGGAGAUUAUGGAGAACCAGACUAUGACUGGACCACCAGCCCCAGGGAUGAGUCCGAUGAGACUUUAGAAGAAAACAGGGGUUACAUGGAAAUUGAACAGUCAGUGAAAUCUUUUAAGGCCCCAUCCUCAAAUGUUGAAGAGGAAGACAGCCAUUUCUUUUUUCAUCUUAUUUUUUUUGCUUUCUGUAUUGCAAUUGUUUAUGUUACAUAUCACAAUAAAAGGAAGAUUUUCCUCCUAGUUCAAAGCAGGAAAUGGCGUGAUGGCCUUUGUUCCAAAACAGUAGAAUAUCAUCGUCUAGACCAGAACGUUAAUGAGGCCAUGCCUUCUCUGAAGAUUACCAAUGAUUAUAUUUUUUAAAGCACUGUGAUUUGAGUUUGCUCAUUAUAUAAUUUUAUUUGCUUGACUUUUUAUAUGAUAUUGUGCAGUUGUUUGCCAUAGGCAGUUGGUACUUAAAUGAGAGGCGCAUGUCUCUCUUUUGCCUUGGUGCUUUGGAAAUUGAAUGUCACAAACAGGGAGUAUGUGAUUUUUAAAUCUACAUUUUUAGAGCUGAAUUAAAUCAGGUGUUGUCUGAAAUGUGAGUUAAGCAUUACCUUACAUUUACACUGGUAGUUUUUGUUAUUUUCCAUUCAUUGUACUUGUUCUGGAAGUAAUGCUACUUUUAAAGAUCCCAGACUUGUAACUAAAUUCUAACAUAGUUAGUACUAUUGACUUAUUUUUUAAAGACACAUUACUUUGCGGUCCCAAGCCAAAAUAUGCAAGGGUAUUUGUAAUAGUACUUUGCAUUCAAGUAACACACUUUUUUCUCUACAGAAAAUUGCUUUGUGUAUUUUAGGCAAUUAAAAUACAGUUUAAGAUAAUGAGACUGCUCAAUCCCACUACAGUUUUAGGUAGCAUAUUAAAUGUGUCUAAAAAUUCUGGCAGAAGAGACUGAAUUUUCAGUGAUUGUAGAUAAAAUAUUAUAUAGAUAUCAUUUUUUGGUUUGAAUUAUUGAAUUACAGGUAGAAAUUGGUAAAAUGUUAAAUAGACGAAGAAUUACUUUUAGUUAGCAGUUGAUUGAACCACAGGUUCCUCAAAAAUUUCAAGCAGUGGGCAGAGUUUAAAAUUAUAUCAUUUGUUCAUUUUGGUUUUUAUUGUAUAGUAAGUUUGAGUAAAUUUUAGGGCCCAUUGUCACUUAAAUAAGACUGUAUCUCAGUCUUUCAAAUUAAAAUUAUGCCUGAAUGAAA